ACGUCACAAGCAGUGGGACUCCGGAGAAGGUGUUCUCGCGAGAUUUCCUUCACAGGGCUGCCAUCUUAGUGUUGCCGCUGCCGGGGUCACAGGGACAGAGAGGGCAGUUCUGCUCAGGACGCGAUGCUGUCCCGCCUGGCCUUACGGGCCUUUGCCCCGGCUGGCCUGAAGAGCUUGCCGCCUUCUGUAUCCGUGGGAGUGGUGCAAGUAUCAAGACCAGUUCACACAAGUCAACAGCACUUGGCUCCAGUGCCACCUCUUCCAGAGACAGGAGGGAAAGUCCGCCAUGGAAUCUUCCCUGAAGAAUUUUUCCAGUUCUUAUACCCUAAAACUGGAGUCACAGGCCCCUAUAUGUUUGGAACUGGACUUGCGCUGUAUCUCCUUUCUAAAGAAAUUUAUGUAAUUAACCAUGAAACGAUUUCUGGAAUCACUGUUGUGGGAGUGCUGAUUUAUGGAGUUAAGAGGUUUGGUCCUGCUGUAGCAGCUUUUGCUGAUAAACUCAAUGAUGAAACACUUAAUACAGCAGAAACUGUGAAAAAACAGCAUAUAAAUUAUUUUGAGACUGCGAUUAAACAAGAGAAGAAAGAGCAGUGGAGAGUUGAGGGUCGCCACUAUCUCUUUGAAGCCAAAAGGAACAACGUUGCUAUGUUGCUGGAGACCAACUACAGAGAGAGGCUGUUAAGGGUAUACAACGAGGUGAAGAAGCGGCUAGACUAUCAGUUGGCGCUGCAGCAUCUCAAGCGGAGCAUGGAACAAGAUCACAUGAUCGGCUGGGUGGAGCGAAAUGUUAUUCAAAGUAUUACACCCCAGCAGGAGAAGGAUAACAUUGCCAAAUGCAUCUUGGAUCUGAAGGCACUGUCAAAGUCCGCACGGGCAGCUGUCUAAACUCAGCAUUUACUCAUAAUAUCUUUAAACUUAUGACUGAUGCUCUUGAUUAAAACAUCUAUACCUUU